UUUCUUUUCUUUUCAGUUAAUUUCAUGUUGAUUCGAAACAUAUUAUUGAUAUCGCUGGUCUUAUCGAAGACUGGAUCUGCUUCAACAGCAAGUACUUCAGCAACAACAACAGGUACUUCGACAGCUUCGGAAAACAGUACACACUCUACUGUAUUAACUUCACAGUCAUCUGCGCCAACUAAAGCUACAUCUACGUCUAUAUCUACAUCAAAUGUUCCCCCAACUUCAUCAGACAGUUCUACACUGGUUUCAACCACAACAACAAGCUCAACAAUAGAAGAAACAGCAAUAACUUCAGCAUCGAAUUCUACGAAUUCAACAUCAGCAUCUGUUGAUUCUUCUACACAAAGUGUAACAACGCAAAUUUCAGACACAGACAAUAGAUCCUCAACGAGUGUAACAACAACAACAACACCUGCAGCUAUAAGUACAACAAAUGCUGCUGUAGGAGAUAAUCAAACAACAACACAAGAGGCAAUAUCAGAUGCUUCUUCAACGGCUAAUAGUACGUUAUAUACAGUGUCGUCAACAUCAGGAGUCGUACCAAAUAUAACAGAAGAUGGACAAACAACCGUAUCACCAGAUUCGUCUAGUAAUAUCACAACUGAAAUACCAAAUUCAUCAUCAACGUUAAGUUCUAAUGUAACAGAUACCAGUGCCAAUAUAUCUUCUGAAUCGACAACAAACGCUUCUACCGAUAUAUCCACAGAAAAUCCUUUACCUACACAAACGAAGAAUGACAGCCUAUUGUCAUCAAGUACACCUUUGCAAUCUACCUUAACUACAAUUGGGAGCAAUUUAACAACACAAACAUCAACAUCAUCGCAACAAAUAUCUUCAGAUACGUCGGUAUCAACGUCAUCAACAGAAACACCAUAUACAUCGUCGUCAUCAUCAUCAUCACCAUCAUCAUCAUCUACAACAACAUCAACAUCCUCAUCAUCAUCAACAACAACAACAACCACAUCAACAUCCACAACUAGUUCUACAACAAAGACUCAUAGUGUGUCUGUAAGCUAUUCAACAAUGUCGACACCUUCUGUAAAUUCAAGUACAACAACGUCGAGUAGAGACAGAGAAAAUAUGAUUUUAAAGAACACUAUUUCAGAUUUGGAGGGUAAGAAUGACUCCUAUGUUAUAGCGGUGGUCGUGUUAUCAUUGCUCCUUGCUGCAGUUAUUUGCGCUGUUUUGUUGUUCUUCAUUUAUCAAAGGUGUAGGAAGCCGAGAACAUUUUUUGAAGAUAUCGACGAAGAUCUUCAAAGCCCAACAAGGGGAUCGGGGCGCGGUCAAACAGGAUCAGGCGGAAUUCACUCUCAGCGUCACAGAAGUCUUUGGAACAGUGUCAUGAUAGACUUUUCACAUAGCAGUGAGGAUAAACCCGAGAGAAACGGCAGUCAAACGUCAUCUUUUCAAAGGAUUCCUGCUACAGUUAUCGAAGAGCCAAAGUCAGUUUCAGAAGCGAAGGAAGAUCAAAUCUGUUUGGAACAGACAGAAUAAGUAGAGUAUCAGUUAGUGAUCAUACAGACUCCACCUCAAACAAAACAUCCACAACGACUUUUUCUAGGAGUAAUUUAAGUGAAAAUAGUGUCCGAUAGCUGCCUUGGACUUUAAUUGUAUUUUUAUCCGUGCAUUUUGUUAUUUUAAAGCCGGAGUAGAAUGAAUGUCUUUCUAUUUUUAAUUGCCAAAAGAUAUGCAAGAGACUGUCUUUGAAAUGAUUCUUGUUGAUUCUUGUGGAUGGAUAACAGUUUGCAGAGUGGCCGUACUUGUUAUGAGGCACAAAUGAGAGGACUGAUCAUUGAUUUGUGGCAAAACAGAUUUUUUGAUAGUGAGAGA